AUGGCUUGUCUGGUUAUUGGAACUCUAGCAACUGUAUUUAGAAGAGAUUUAAUUAUACUUAUGGUUAAUCGGAUGAGUAUUGCCGUACAGCAAGAUUACGGAAAUUCAGACUUCUGGACGGAACUACUUGAUCUUCUUCAGUCAAGGUUGAAAUGUUGUGCUGUUGAAGAUAAUCAAGCAGAUUUAUAUCUUCGUUCUGUUUGGUAUUCACGUCAAAUACAUCAGUCUUCAGUAUUUGGAACAAAUUCAAUACGUUUAUUAUCUCAAGAAUAUGAUAAUAAUUUAGGAAUACCAAGUGUAGUAAAUGUUCCAGUGUCAUGUUGUGUAUAUUCAUUGGAAAUUAAAGAAUUUUCAAAUCGUACCGCUUGUCAAAUUGGUUCUUUAAAAUCUAAUUUAAAUCCAUAUCUUAAUCCUCAUGGUUGUGCAAAUGUGAUUAUUGCCCUGCUGUAUCAGUAUUUCAUCCCAUUAAUUAUAAUGGUUGUCAUAUUGGCCGUACUGAUGAUGGCUGGUUUAAUAUUAGGCUUAUUACUAUUAAGAAGUUUUUCAAUGGAUGAUUAUCCAGAGAUUAAUUUACGUGAAAAUGUAUAA